GUCCUUUCAAACUCUGCUGUUUCAGGUUCUGCACUCCCGGAUCGCAUCAUUGCACGUGAUGUUGACCUUUUGUUGAUGCAAAUUCCGACUCCCUUUCUCUCGUUCUUUCCACUACCAUCGUUCUUCCUCAGUUCUUCAGGCAUUGAUACUCCAUGAAAAAACCAUAGAUUUAUCUCUUCUAUUGUCACUGACUACUCUUCUCUAUUUGCCUCAGAACUCGACCACAUUGACAUCCUCUCUACCCCCAGCUAUGGAAGUUGUGCGACAAUUCCAUGUGAGACAUUCCCGCAGUCAGGGUGAGUCAAGACUGCCGGCUACUUUUGAUGCAAUGAUUUAUUUUGAUGCCGUAGCCACUCACUCAUUAAUACCUCUGCUGUGAUGACACCAUUAUCA